CCCGGCGGCUCUCCCCUCGCAGGCUGCUGCCCCGGCGUGCUGGGCCCGGCCGCCGCCAUGUCGGGCCCGUUCGAGCUCUCGGUGCAGGAUCUCAACGACCUGCUCUCGGACGGCAGCGGCUGCUACAGCCUGCCGAGCCAGCCCUGCAACGAGGUCACCCCCAGGAUCUACGUGGGCAACGCGUCGGUGGCUCAAGACAUCCCCAAGCUGCAGAAACUAGGCAUCACCCAUGUUCUGAAUGCUGCUGAGGGCAGGUCCUUCAUGCACGUCAACACCAACGCCAACUUCUACAAGGACUCCGGCAUCACCUACCUGGGCAUCAAAGCCAAUGACACGCAGGAGUUCAACCUCAGCGCCUACUUUGAAAGGGCUGCAGACUUCAUUGACCAGGCCUUGGCUCAAAAGAACGGCCGGGUGCUUGUCCACUGCCGGGAAGGUUACAGCCGCUCCCCAACCCUAGUCAUCGCGUACCUCAUGAUGCGCCAGAAGAUGGAUGUCAAGUCUGCCCUGAGCAUCGUGAGGCAGAACCGUGAGAUCGGCCCCAACGAUGGUUUCCUGGCUCAGCUCUGCCAGCUCAAUGACAGACUGGUCAAGGAGGGGAAAUUGAAACUCUAGGGCACUCCCGCCGCCUCUUCUCUAGAGGCAGACAGGGGAGCCCCCGGUUGAGGUGUCCCAAGCCACCAUGUUUAGGAAACACAGUGCACCCUGCUCCUAGCAUCACCAGGCACUCGCCCACAAGUCUGUCCCAACACAGCCCUGGGCCACUUUCCCCCUGGGGAGCAUAUAAAGAAGCUUGCUAAGGAGGGCGUUCUUGCUCCCUGGUGUGUGUCCUGUGCCUGCAGUUUAUGAUGUCCCCUCCCUGAGGUGGGGGCGCAGAGGGGGAAGGCGUGUGGCAUGUGUCCUUCUCCCGGAUGACCGAAGGCAGGAGGUCCGUGCAAGUGUAAGGCUCGAGAUGCCCACAGGGGUCCCUCCUGACCUCCGUUGCCCCCUGCUUCCCUCCCCCCUGCUCCCUACCAUCCACCCCUGGGGCCUCUCCUGAGCGGGGACCCCCGCACCUCGAGCCCUGUAAGGGAACUAUGCAAACGCAGGCUCCUCUCCCUCCACCAUGCCUGUCUCCCCCUGCUCCUCCUAGCUGUCCGCACCUUGCUCAGAGGCAGAGGCCCAUCGUGAGGUCUGAACUGGCCUGGAGAAGCCAUCAGUUGUUAGCGGGUGGAAAUUCCCAUGAAGAGACUGCAUUGUAAUUAUUUCCUUAGGAUUAAAGAUACCUAAACGAAGAGGCCCUCGAGGGGCAAACAGAUUCCCCCUGGAGGACUCCCCUAAGUCAAUAGUUUUUAAGAUGCGAAUCGUUGGAAGGCUUGCGUUCAGAAUCCCCUGCUUUGGAAUGUUCCCCUUGGACUGCUCUCAGGUCGCUUGGUCUGUUAGAAGCGUGAUGCCUUGGGCAUGGUUUUAUUUUAUUUUUAUUUUUAUUUUUAUUUUUGUUUUUAUUUUUUUUUUUUUAUUUUUUUAGAAAACAGAGUGUUGAAGUUCCAGCCUAUUUAAAAACCCCACCAUUUGAAGAAUUACAAAGGGUUUGUCCUGAAUGACCGUGUUGGCCAGCGCCAGCCUCUCGUGCUAACUGCUUUCUUGUCUCGGUUGCUAUUCCAAGGACGGGAGGAAGUUGGCCAAUUACAGUGUGGGUGUGUGGGUGUGUCGGGGGGUGUGUGUCUCAGAAACACAGGCAGAGGAUGGACGAGUGGCUCCUCACCGUGCCCGCUUGUAGGUAGUUCUUAACGGCUCUGUGAUGCCAGGAGCGAGCCUGGGGCCCCGGGAGCAAAAAUGACUCAGCCAGGCAGAAAUGAAACACGGCGGUGCGUCCAAAUGGAGCCUUCACUGCUGGUAGAGCAAACCACAAACAGGAACAGCCUUUUUUAGGACUUUGUAAGGAUGAUGUCGGAACGCACCAGCACACGCGUGCACACGCUUGUCAGAAUAUAGGAGUUUUGUUUCAGACACGGUCUUGUUAGGACUUUCCAUGACCGUCACCGUGGAAAGCGAGGUGUUCCUGUCUCUCCAGGUUCCCUGCCAGCAGAGAGGUGGCCCUCAGCCACACCCCCAGGUCCUAGCACGUAGAGGUCUAUAAAAGUUGGUGGAAUUAAACUUUUUUUUUUUUUUUUUUUGAGCACCAGACGUGUGCAGGGUGUUGUUCUGGUGGGUGUAUCAAGCUCCCAGAAGGCCUGAAGGGAAAGAUCCAGGACUUUUGUUGAAUAGUUAAAAAUUCCGUUUUAAAUUUGAAUUCUGGCAGCAUUGACCUGUCGAGGCGGGGAAUGCGCCUUUUUCAAGAGUUGACCGGGAACGUCCGGAACGUCCGGCCAGACAAGGAGAAGCAGGGUGCCGCAGGGCCUCAUGGGUGUCGUGACCUCUGUUGCUGCAUGGUCCCUUUUCUCUGUGACCACAGUCACCCUGGACAAAUUAGGGUCUGUCGUCUUUUCCAGAUACCGGACUGCCCACGUAGACCCACCUAAGUGAAACGGCCAUCCUCUCUAACCUGUGUACCUCACCUCACGGUUUCCAGAGCACUGUCCCACUUAAUCUAACUUGAUCCUUUCAGUAACCCGAUCAAGUUGGUAGAGCUUCUUCAUGUAUGGUUACCUUUUUUAAGAAAAAGGAGCUGGGGUUCACACUGAGGGAGGGCAUGGCCCCCAGGCUGUCCCGGCCUCUUAAGGCAGAGCCAAGGCCAGACUUUGACGUUUGCUGCUCCCUGAAGCUGAAUUCUUUGUCUCAUGCUACCCUCCUCCCCCAAGACAGGAGCUCCCUGGGAGUGCCCAGGUGCCCUGAACAUGCCCUUGACCCAGCCUGUGUGCACAAGAGCCAGUCGGUGCUCUGGAUGGAGUACGGUGGUUCAAGCUGUACUGCCCAGGGGGUCUGCACGCGGGCGGGAGGGAGUUGGUACAAACCCAUCCCUGCUCCAGGAAACGGAAGUAAAAUGUGGGUCCCCGAUUCGGUUAGAAUGUGUGGCUCUUCCUCCAGGAAACAUGUAGCACCCCUAAGUUGGAGCUUUCUGCUCUGCUUCCAGAAGAGGCUCUGGGGCUGGGGGGCCAGGGGUCCCCCCCCCCACACUUAGGCAGUGGUCACGCCACAGGACGGCCACAGCUACUUAGGCCAGUUAACCAGACCUCUCGAAGGCCUUUUUGUGGGGGCAUGAGGGAGAAAAGGCCAUUGAGAAAAUUACUGCCUUUACUCUGGGGCUACUUUUAUGCUGAUAAUUUGGGAUUUCUUGGUAGUCUUUAGUCCCAGAAACCCCGUAUUUACUUCAUGAGAUUUAGCUCCUAAUUUUUGAGUAAAAUAAAACUCUUAUUUGUGUAAGAGCCAGCAUAUGCCCAGCUGUGAGUGGAAGCUGUUUCUGGACAGCUCUCUACCCCUGGGAAAUGGUGGAAUAGGAACUCAGGGUGCCCUUACCCCCUCCCCUGACCUGAUCCCUUCUUUGACUAGCAGACCCUCACAUAGGUCGAAUUAGAGCACCAAAUGGCUUUCUUCUCAAAUCUAAAGCAGUACACUUUCCACAGGCUGGUCUGUUUCCCUGCCACUCUGAGUUAUCUGGAGAGCAGAAACCACCCAUCUGUCAAACAAGGGGGCCCAUCUAGAAGACCUCUAAGGUCCCUUUGGCCCUGACACUGUAGGGUUCUCUGAGAACCCCCACCUGGAAUUUACCACCACCUGGAAAUUAUAGGGUAUGUAAUAACAUGACCAGCAGGUGGCACUGUGUUCCACCCAUGGUGAUGGAUGGUUUGAAAAGGAAAGUUGGUGCCUUUUGUGUCACAAGUUAAUGUUAAGAUGCUAAUGUUUUAAUUAAAAUAAGCACUGAUCUUAUAAUACGAAGAUAUGAACUUUCCUCGCAGGAAAUUUUCUGUCGUAAAACCGGUGUCAGGAAUCACCGAAGAGCCAACAGAGUUGGUCUUUCCAAGUCAAGGUUUUAUCCUGAUUGGAAAUAGAAACCCUCUCCGGUUGAGAGAGCAGAUCCGUCGGAAGCUUAACUUACCUCCUGCCAGCUGUUAGGGUGAUUUGAUUGUGAAAGCGUGAAUUUUCUGGGCAGAAAAGGGGAAGGUAUUAAAUUGGUUUUAAAGGAAAGUAAGCUUAACGUCUGUUGUAUCACAAAUCAGUGUUAAAACACUAACUGUAACCAAAAUAAAUGUCUUACAUUACAUAGAAA